ACGACGCCGGCCAUGAGGACGGCUCGCUUUCCAUUUGAAUCCUGGGAUCGCUUCUCGACGCGGCAGUCCUUUCGCGGUCGUCGUGUCCCCUUGGUCGGAUUCUCUCGCGCGAAUAAAUCGCGGGUAUACUCGCCUUCCACAGUGCCGAUCGAGACUCGGUGCGUUUUCGCCUCUGAACUUCAUCUUCCGCGUUUCAACCCCUUGGAAUCGCACAGCCGCGCGACCGAUCGAGAGUUUUCACGCGACCGGUGCAACAUCGGAGAUCAACAUGAGGAACCCGAAGACCUCGUUGAUGCUGUGCUCGUCUAUACUACUGGCCGCGGCUAUCUGGUUGCCGUCGUCGACGGUCCAGGCGACCACUGGCCGAAACAAGCAGACGAUGUCGGAGGUACUGCCAGCGUACGCGAUCACCAACUAUACGGAUCUCUUGAAUUCGAGCAGAUGUCGGACCGACAUCGAAAUGUUCCGCGAAGGAGUAGACCGCGGCAUGUUAUGGAGCAUAAGAAUGUUGGAUGCCAGCGGGCAAACGUCUUCCGGUUUCGUCAGUGGAAACAAUUUCUGGAUGGGCGAUCGGAUGGAUUGCAAUUUCCUUUCCAGCAAUUUAACGCUGGUAGGGUUUAUGUCGAAGGAGACGCUGAAGAACAAUUCCGUGUACCGGAACCCAAGGGACGAGCAGGUGCCGUUCGAGCUACACUUCUUCGUCGCCGAUAUUCUUCACCACAGCACUAUGCAGUAUCACUUAUCGUUGCCGUAUGAGGAUCAUAUACUGCUCGGGCUUUGCCUACCGGCGUCGUGCACCAAGAACGACGUAGCUACGGUUCUGAGCAAAGCACUUCGCGACGGUAAUCUUCUCGUGGGUCAGCUCUAUUCCACGGACCUCCAACUGAUCAACGUCUCCGAUUUGGUAGACGAUCAUCAGUGGCUGCGCGACGGAUCGGUGAUCACUUCUAUAAUUAUUUUGUUACUGUUGUGCGUUUUGGUGAUAGUAAGCACGGCAUACGAAAUACUGGUGAUUCGAAAACGAACGCAAGACCAAAGUCGUAUCCAGUCGUACGAGAACAACAACACGCCUGGACUGAAGAACGAUGCGGAAGAGAAGCGCGAGAACGUUCACGAAGACUUCGUGCUCACCGAAUUGAAACCAAGAAGUUCCAUCGAGGAGUACAUCGUGUGCUUCUCGUUGUAUUCGAACAUCCUGCAAAUAUUUGACGGAAAGACUGGAACGGACUCUCUCAUGAUGUUCCACAGUAUGAAAUUUUUUGGAAUGAUCUGGAUCACCAUGGUGCAUACCGUUUAUUACGGAAGAUUCUAUGUCGCCAACAAAAUCGACGUCCUGCACAUGACCGCUAGUUUCAUGUUACAAAUCUUAACCAACGCCACGUACUCGGUGGACACGUACUUCUUCAUCAGUGGCUUCCUGUUGUCGUACAUACUUUUGAAAGAGAUAGAGAAGGAACAGAAGCCGAAGAGCCUGCCGGUCAGACUGAAGGAUCUGGUUCUAGGAAUUUUUAAACGAUACAUCAGGCUUACACCUGCCUACCUGGUCGUAAUGCUGCUCUCGAUAUUGAAUUUUAAUUGGUACGACAAGGUCUCGUUGUUCCCUGCGUCCGAGAACGAGGCCAGCUUGUGUUCCAAGUAUUGGUGGAGGAAUUUGCUUUACAUCCACAACUUCUACGAUUUCGACCAAAUGUGUCUGUCUUGGAGUUGGUACCUGGCCACUGAUAUGCAAUUCUUUAUUUUCGGCACGCUCCUCAUGAUGGUGUUGACCAAAUAUUACAACGUCGCCGUGGGGCUAGGCGCGACCACCAUCCUCGCAUCGAUACUGUCAACCGCCUACGUGGCUUACUAUUUGAACUACGUGCCCAUGUUGGACCAACAGUUGGGAACGUUGACGUUCUUAUACAUUCGACCGUGGACCAGAAUCUCGCCUUACUUGAUGGGAAUGGGCACAGCCCUAUACCUUGUAAAGCAGAACUACAAAUUACAUCUGUCCAAAAAAGUCUUACUCGUUGGUUGGACGUUGGCGAUACUCUGUAAUUGUUCGAUACUGUUCGGUCUCGUAGACAAAGACCUAUCUUCUUUCUUAAGCAUUUUGUACGUAUCUGUGACGAGAACAGCCUGGGGCCUUGGUAUAGCCUGGUUGGUACUCAUGUGUAUCACGAACCACGGUGGUAUCCUGAACAAAUUCCUGACGCUGCGCGCAUGGGUACCACUCGGUAGAUUGACGUACUGUGCUUAUCUCAUAAACCCCUUCAUUAUAGUUUCGCUCCAUAGAGCCAACAGUUACUCUUUGUACAUCGACGUCUUAUCAGUUGGUUCUAUAGGCCUCGGAGUCCUUCUAGUUACUUACGUUUGUGCCGUCUGUCUAUCCUCGUUUGCGGAAGUGUCGUUCAUACGAAUAUUGCGGAUUAUCAAUAGAGGAAGCAGAAUGAAAUAAAUGCUUGCUUGGAGACGUU